CCACAUCAUGCCUUCUAGAACGAACAUCUUCAUUACUGGGGUCACAGGUUACAUCGGCGGCACAGUCCUUCAACGCUUACUACACCAUCCAAGCUCGGAUAACUUUCACAUCACUGCCUUUCUCCGCAGUGAAGACAAGGCCUCAAAGUUGACCGCUUUUGGGGUGAAGACGAUUAUCGGAUCUCUUGAUGACUUCAAUAAGCUGGCCCAACUGUCCGCGGACGCAGACGUUGUCAUUCACACUGCAAGCGCAGAUCAUCUAGAGUAUGCGAAAGCGAUUUUGCGAGGAAUUAAGGAACGAUUCGUUAAAACGGGAGUUGCUCCAAUACUUAUACACACGUCUGGAACAGGUGUAUUUAUGGACGAUGCACGGGGCGAAUAUGGCCAAGAUCAUAUCUACUACGACACCAAUAUUCAAGACAUGGAAUCUCUCCCUGCCACUGCUCCCCACCGUAACGUAGAUAUAGAGGUUACCGAGGCUGACAAACUAGGCUAUGUCCGCACAUUUAUCAUCCUUCCAUCGACCAUCUACGGCAUAGCCAGCGGGCCCUUAGUCGAUCUCGGUAUCCAGAACCCAUAUUCCAUACAGGUACCCUAUACGAUUCGAGCCAGCCUGGCCCGAGGAUCUGCGGCGGUGGUGGGCCAAGGCCUGAACGUCUGGAACAAUGUCCAUAUUGACGAGGUUGGUGACCUAUACCGAGUGGUCUUCGACUCUGCGCUCAAAGACUUGAACACGCCACAUGGUCGUCAGGGCUACUACUUCGCCGAGAACGGAGAGUAUUCGCAGGUAGAGUUGGCCCGGGAGAUAGGGAGAGUCAUGCAUGAGCUAGGCAUGGCCAAGAGCCAGGCGCCGACGAAGUUGAGUGAUGAGGAGAACAUGAAGUACCUCGGCGGAUGGCUUUUUGGUACGAACGCACGCACUAAGGGGGAAAUGGGAAGGUCUUUGGGGUGGAAGCCUGUAAAAACUAGCAGGGAUUUCUUUGCGAGUAUUCGACAAGAAGUCGAGGCGCUUAGUCCCUCAUCCAAAACAACCAACUAGGGUCCGAUUCAGAAGAGUGCAUAGGUGCUAACUUGCUAGAACCUGUUUGUAAGGUAGUAUGUUGCGGAUUAAUGAGGUUUCAUAAACCAUAUAUUUCUUGCCGAUAUC